GCGGAGGAGAUGGCGCUGCCCAGACUGGAGUCCUUUAAUGGGUCCAAGACCAACGCAUUGAACAUCUCCCAGAAGAUGAUCGAGAUGUUUGUGAGGACAAAGCACAAGAUUGACAAGUGCCACGAGUUUGCGCUGGUGGUGGUGAACAACGAUGCCACGUGGCUCUCAGGGUUCACCUCGGACCCCCGCGAGGUCUGCAGCUGCCUCUAUGACCUGGAGACUGUCGUCUGCAAGUCCUUCAAUCUGGAAGGACUCUUCAACCUCAUCCAGCAGAAGAUUGAGCUGCCGGUGACAGAGAACGUUCAGACCAUCCCUCCACCCUACGUGGUCCGGACCAUCCUCGUGUUUGGCCGCCCGGGCUGUCAGCCCCAGUUCUCCAUGUCGGAGCACAUGAAGAAGAUGCUGCAGUGUCCCUACUUUUUCUUCGACGUCAUUUACAUCCACAACGGGGUGGAGGAGAAGGAUGAUGAGACAAGCUGGAAGGAGAUGUACAGCUUCUUCAGCAGCCUGGACACCAAAGGCACCAACUACAAGUACGAGGUGUCGCUGUCGGGGCCGGCUGUGGAGCUGCACAACUGCAUGGCCAAGCUGCUG